AGAAUAUGCUGAUGAUAGAGAUCGUGAUCAAAACCCAGAUCCGGAUUUCCUGAAGAUCAUGAGACGAAGGAAAAAAUAAACGAGUGAUCGACAGUAAGUAUCGACCGGAAGUAAUCAGUGUAUUUUAUGUCCACGAGCAGGAACUACAGGAUCAUCCGAAAGCAGGAGCAGAUAUAGAUCUUGAUGAGAUCCUGAUCCACCAGUCUGUCGGAAUUGAACAAAUACAUCGAUCGUGGUUCUUCCUUCAAAAUACGGUCCUUCUCGUACUAAGGCAAACGUUGCUCACGUUCAAUCGCUAGCACAACCGCUCGAAUUUUUGAAUUAGACCCUCAGGAAGAUGAUGUUUCUUGUUCGGAGCUAGCGUAGUACCGAUAUUAGCCAACAAUUCACAUGCAAAGAGCUUUCUUUUUUUUUCUGCCACGUGCUGUCGACCAUAUUUAUUACUCGAGCCUAAGCGAUAGACUUCUACUUUCGAAAUAGAAGUACUACACAUUGCUUCUUGUCACUUCUAAGAAACAACGAUAGAAGUAGCACACUAGAAAAAAUGCGCGUGCUCUUCCCCGGCGAGAGCGCCGGACAACAAGAACCCCAGCAAGGCUCAGCCCCUUUCACCUCCAUACGACCAGCGACUACAUCUUCCAGCUCUACUUCCUGCAUUACCGCGAUUAUAGCAGAGAAAACGAAAAACGACCAGUCGAACCCCUGUUCCCCCUACCGACCCCGGCCGGGCGACGACUGCUUAGGAAUUGUUCUGUCGAAACGCGGCGAGGUAUUCAAACUCGACAUUGGGUCGAUUUCCCCAGCGGAGUUGUCCGAAACGGCGUUCAACGGGGCGACGAAGAGGAACAAACCGAGCCUGGAAAUCGGGGACACGAUUUUCUGCCAUGUGGAAACCGUGCUGGACGGGGUUGCAAAUGUAUAGAGUUAGUUUUUUUUUGCUCUUCUCAGACAGGUUCAGAUUCAGAUUCAUGGAGCGGCCCCGUGCUGGAACCCUUCAGGUUGUCAUGCGUGGUCACUGGUAUUGCAUAAUGCAUUCCGCCGUGAUUUCAUCCUCAUCUGGUUUGCUUGUUCCUUCUUCCCGUGCAAUUAUACAAAUCUUCGAAUCGCAAAUCGAAUGGCAAAUUUUGUGAAACAGGUCUCCUGCACCGACGACGGUGGGAAGUCUUUCGUGACAAAGGAAACCCUGUACGGGGCGUUGCAGCACGGCUACAUAAUCGACCACUUCCCGGUUGCGGAGUUUUCGGAAAGAACAGACAAAACAAAAACACACAAGGUGGAUGCUCUGCUCGAUUCAUCCACGAGUAAUAAGGCCAUUGCGCAGCAGCAGCAGCAGCAGCGAAAAAACCUCUUCCCCCGGAUUUUUCGGAAACUGGAGAAGUCGUUCGUGUUCGAAGUGGCCGUCGGAAUGAACAAUCGGGUGUACAUUAGGUCCAACAGCUCGCUGCAAGACACGUUUUUCCUCGGAAAACUUCUGGAAAAAAUCGGCUGCGAGGGGUUGACAGAUGCGCAGGUGGAGGUGGUGUUGCGACGAGUCGCGACCGAGCACGGGGUGCUGGCUGGGAAGUUGACAGGAGCUGCACAGGUGCAAAAUUCCGUGUUUGGAAAGAAGAAGAACAAUGCGUCGAAUAACAAUGCUGAGAACAACAACAUUUCUCUCGUCGAAGUCGGCGGUGGCUGAGAAUUACAAGCGAUUCAUUUUUCUUUUGAACGAACAGAAUUGCGACCUGAUUUGUAGUCCGAAUCGAUGAAGAACGGAAAUAGGAGAUGACAAAAAUCUUAUUCUUCCGAGCCGUGGGAUAU